UGUGUGAAAGAAUAAAGAAAGAUACCAGCGAUAUGGACUGUGCUGAUAGGGAAUCUGUUCAACAAGGUAACCACAUCAAAACAGAGAUAAAAACUGAGAUAAAAACAGAGAUAAAAACAGAGAUAAAAACAGAGAUAAAAACAGAAAUAAAGACUGAGAUAAAAACAGAGAUAAAGACUGAGGAAGAAGAGUUACAAGGUAACAUAGGGGGCUUUCUGUAUCCUCAAUAUGAAGGGUAUUUUUUGGAGAACAUAAAGGAGGAAGCUUGUUCGUCACUCGAUAUAAAGCAGCAUGAUGAAAACAACUAUAAUCCAGUAAAAAUACAAGAGAGAACAUAUCAACCACCACCCAAUAAUACUGAUCAUCCAGACAGUACACAGUUAACUCAGCAGAUAUCUGAUAAAGAGGAAUGGGCACCUUGUGAAAAUGUUCCUGGUGACUCUCUUGAGUGUCAGAAACCCCCAACUAAUGUUAAGAGAUACAAAUGCACAGUUUGCUUUUAUGCCACUAAUAUAGAAUCAAAUCUUACCACCCACCAAAGGAAACAUACUGGUGACAAACCAUUUAAAUGUUUAGAUUGUGACUAUGCUGCUGCAUGGAAAUCAAAUCUUACCAUCCACCAAAGGAAACAUACCGGUGAUAAACCGUUCAAAUGUGUAGAUUGUGACUAUGCUACUGCCAAGAAAUCAUCUCUGACCAUGCAUCAACGUACACAUACUGGUGACAAACCAUUCAAAUGUGUAGAUUGUGACUAUGCUACUGCUAGGAAAUCAUCUCUGACCAUGCAUCAAAAUACACAUUCUGCAAACAAACCGUUCAAAUGUUUAGAUUGUGACUAUGCUGCUGCUAGGAAAUCAGAUCUCAUCAUCCAUCAAAGGAAACAUACUGGUGACAAACCAUUUAAAUGUUUAGAUUGUGACUAUGCUACUACUUCAAAAUCAUCGCUUAGAACCCAUCAAAGGAAACAUACCAGUGACAAACCUUUUUAAUGUUUAGAUUGUGACUAUGCUACUGCUAGGAAAUCAAAUCUUACGAUCCAUCAAAGUACACAUACCGGUGAAAAACCAUUUAAAUGUGUAGACUGUGACUGUGCUGCUACUUGUAUAGACUCUUUCCAAACUCAUAAAAAAACUCAUCAUUAGAGAUCUUAUUCAGAUGAAAACCCAUGUUAGUUCUC